AUGUCCCGACACGCCGCCUCGUCAAUGUCCCUCGACGCGGACGCGCCGCUCGUUGGCGGCGAUCGCGUACCCGGCAUGCGCCCACUUCGUCCCACCACGGCGCGCAAGACCCGCCCCGUCCUCUGCGUCGUCGCCUUGCUCGUCGUCGCCAGCCUGUUCAGCCUGCAUUGGCGUGCUCAGCCCGUCGCAGAAGCAGACCCGGUCCACCAGCACCUCGUCAGCAGCACGGCGGUGACCUGCGCAAACCGCACCGUGCCGGCGUGCCCACUCGGUCGAGCCGACCUCGACAAGGCGCCGCAGGACCUGUUCCGCCUGUCGACCGUCACCGAGUCGCCGACGGCCGGUCGGCCACUCUACGUCGAGAUCAGCACGACGACCGAGAGCAACUCGACGUGCGUCCUCGAAUCGUCGACGUUCUCCGUUGUCGUGUCGGGCCCUCGCAUCCAGCGGGCUCAGCUCGUCGACGCGUCCGCCGGGUCGCUCCUGUACGCCGUCCAGCUCGACGAGCCGGGCGAGUACCGCAUCGAGGCGUACCUGCGCCUCUUCAACCACCCGCUGUACUUCUGCGACGUGUCGGACGCCUUCCACGGCGCCCGCUACGUCGACCGGGUCGUCGAGCACGGCAACACGACCAUCGCCGUCCGGCCGAGCUGGGCAGCGAGCCUGCCGGCCCUGUCGUCCUCGCCGUCGAAGCGGCCUUGUAAAUACGGCGACCUGUACGACAUGCGCGGCUCGUGGGUCGAGGCGCCCGUGCCGGCGACCGCGCAGGGCAAGUACGAGAAGCAGCACAACUGCGCCCUCGCCGACCUUCCCUCCCCGGUCGAGGCUUUCGAGCUCGCGCGCAGAGCCGGCAUUCGCUGGCUCCGCUUCAUCGGCGACUCGAACACGCGCAACAUGUACGACGCGUUCCCGCUCGUCGACCCGGCCAACACCGCGUUGCGGUCGAUCCGCCGCACGCCGCCGUACAACCUACGCUCCUCGUGCGGCGCCUUACACGACCCACCGAGCGCCAAGGAGCGCAACUGGCGUGCCACGCGACAGUUCUGCCGCGUCGGCAUCGUCGAGGGCGAUCCGCAAGCCGACAUUUUCGUCUCGUGGGAAUGGUUCACGCCCGUGCACGAUCCUCCUCUCGCCGCCUACUUUGCCGACGACGACAACGCCUACUUCGCCAACGCGACGCUCGGCGGCCUGUUUGCGCUGCGCGAGGACGACGACCGUCCCGGCACGGCUCGCAUCGAGGACAUCCUCGCCGACCGCCCGGACCUCCUCGUUCUUCGCGGCGGCGACCGCGUCUUCCUGUCUUACGGCUCGCACGCACACGAGCACACGCGUGACGACAUGAACCUGUACAUCGACGAGGUGGCCGCCGCGGCCGAGCGCCUCGCGUCACUUGAGAAGGCCGACCUCUCGAGCCCGCAAAGGCGCCUGUCGUUCGGCCUAUCGACGGCAAAGUCGUGCCGCAAGUUCAAGGACGCGCCCAAGAUCACCCCCGCCCUGUUGCGCGUCUGCCACUCGGAGAACUUUCACGACAAGAACCUCGCCAUCCUGCGCGCAUUCGCGGCGCGUGGGUUCACCGGCCCUGACGGCGAGUCGGUGCCGCCGGCGUCCCGGUCGCCGAACCUCGCGCCGCUCGACGUGCUCGACUUUUGGCACACGACCGAGGCCAUCGAGGACUACAUGACGGACAAGGUGCACUUUGGUCCGGGCGUGUACUUUACGCACGGCCGGGUCAUGGCCACGUCGGCCUUCGAGCGCGAGGUUUGAGCGCCGAGCCGGACCUCUCUGUAACGAUCGACUUGCCCGUUCCGCGC